CCUGAAACCGGAACUUGGUGUCAGAGCCGCCCCUGGGCCGGGCGGGCGCCUCAGCCAUGGCCCUUCGCAAGGAGCUGCUCAAGUCUAUCUGGUAUGCUUUUACCGCGCUGGAUGUAGAGAAGAGUGGCAAGGUCUCGAAGUCCCAGCUCAAGGUGCUGUCCCACAACCUGUACACGGUCCUGCACAUCCCCCACGACCCUGUGGCCCUGGAGGAGCACUUCCGAGAUGAUGACGACGGCCCUGUGUCCAGCCAGGGUUACAUGCCCUACCUCAACAAGUACAUCCUGGACAAGGUGGAGGAGGGGGCUUUUGUUAAGGAGCAUUUUGACGAGCUCUGCUGGACCCUGACGGCCAAGAAGAACUAUCAACCAGAUAGCAACGGGAAUAGCCUGCUCUCCAAUCAGGAUGCCUUCCGCCUCUGGUGCCUCUUCAACUUCCUGUCUGAGGACAAGUACCCUCUGAUCAUGGUUCCUGAUGAGGUGGAAUACUUGCUGAAGAAAGUGCUCAGCAGCAUGAGCUUGGAGGUGGGCUUGGGUGAGCUGGAGGAGCUGCUGGCUCAGGAGGCUCACGUGGCUCAGACCACUGGGGGUCUCAGUGUCUGGCAGUUCCUGGAGCUCUUCAACUCCGGCCGCUGCCUGCGGGGUGUGGGGCGGGACACCCUCAGCAUGGCCAUCCACGAAGUCUACCAGGAGCUCAUCCAGGAUAUCCUGAAGCAGGGCUACCUGUGGAAGCGAGGGCACCUGAGGAGGAACUGGGCAGAACGCUGGUUCCAGCUGCAGCCCAGCUGCCUCUGCUACUUUGCCAGUGAAGACUGCAAGGAGAAAAGGGGCACUAUCCCAUUGGACUCCCACUGCUGCGUGGAGGUGCUGCCAGACCGCGAUGGGAAGCGCUGCAUGUUCUGUGUGAAGACCGCCUCCCGCACGUUCGAGAUGAGCGCCUCAGACACGCGCCAGCGCCAGGAGUGGACGGCUGCCAUCCAGACUGCGAUACGGCUGCAGGCCGAGGGGAAGACAUCGCUGCAUAAGGACCUGAAGCAGAAGAGACGCGAGCAGCGGGAGCAGCGGGAGCGGCGCCGGGCAGCCAAGGAAGAGGAGCUGCUGCGGCUGCAGCAGCUGCAGGAGGAGAAAGAGAGGAAGCUGCAGGAGCUGGAGCUGCUGCAGGAGGCGCAGCGACAGGCGGAGCGCUUGCUGCAGGAGGAGGAGGAGCGGCGCCGAAGCCAGCACCGCGAGCUGCAGCAGGCGCUCGAGGGCCAAUUGCGCGAAGCGGAGCAGGCCCGGGCCUCCAUGCAGGCUGAGAUGGAGCAGAAGGAGGAGGAGGCUGCCCGGCAGCGACAGCGCAUCCAGGAGCUGGAGGAGAUGCAGCAGAGGCUGCAGGAGGCCCUGCAACUGGAGGUGAAAGCUCGGCGAGACGAGGAGUCGGUGCGUCUCGCCCAGACCAGACUGCUGGAGGAGGAGGAGGAGAAGCUGAAGCAGUUGAUGCAGCUGAAAGAGGAACAGGAGCGCUACAUUGAGCGGGCACAGCAGGAGAAGCAAGAACUGCAGCAGGAGAUGGCACAGCAGAGCCGCUCCCUGCAGCAGGCCCAGCAGCAGCUUGAGGAGGUGCGGCAGAACCGGCAGAGGGCCGAUGAGGAUGUGGAGGCUGCCCAGCAGAAGUUGCGCCAGGCCAGCACCAACGUGAAACACUGGAAUGUCCAGAUGAACCGGCUCAUGCAUCCAAUUGAACCUGGAGACAAACGUCCCACCACCAGCAGCUCCUUCACAGGCUUCCAGCCCUCUCUACUUGCCCGUCGUGACUCCUCCCUAAAGCGCAUGACCCGUUGGGGAUCCCGGGGCAACAGGACCCCCUCACCUGUUGAGCAGCAGAAGUCCUUCAACGGUGGAGAUGAGACCCCUGUCCCGACUUCUACCCCUCAGGAAGAUAAACUGGACCCAGCACCAGAAAAUUAGCCUCUGUUAGCCCCUUGUUCCCCUGACCUCAUGCCCACCAGGACCUGGCCACAGCUGGCCUGUGGGUGACACCAGCCCCUGCUAGGUGAGGGAGCUGAGAUCCUGGUGCCAGCGCCCCAGGCCCUCCAACUAUAAAACAGUCCAGGGUGGAACCUGGUUCAUCAUUCGCACCAGUCCCAGGCCCCAGACCAACGUGGCUGCCUAGGAUGUUGAUUCGUGAGAACUUGGCCCUGUGCCUUAGCCCCAAGGACCCAGUGACCUGGUCUGGGACAGAGAGAUUACAAGCAAGUCGGGAGCCAUCUGCCCCCAGGCUCCCACCAAGUUGGGGAGGCACAUUUCUAAAUAAAACUGCUCUUGGAAUGAU